UCCAAAUCAAAUCAAAUCAGUCAGAGCGUUCGAAAUUUUUCUACAAGUAACAAAAACACUCCCCAAAUAAUACUGUACUCGUAUUUAUUAUAUGGUUAAAAUUCGCGUUUUGAUUGUGCGUCGUAUCAUGUGCAUUCUAUAUUGCUGGGAGGAGGCGUUCCUCGAUUUCUUGGAUCGCCACAAUACCAAGAUCCAGGCCGUGCUGCAUCCGCUCUCGAUGGCGUCGCUGGUGUCGGUCAUCGGGUUCCUGUUCGUCUACGAUAUGCUCUACGCACUGCCAGAGCUUACCGACACCCAGGGACUGUGGUACAAGCUGCACUGCCUGUGGAGCAUCUUCGCUGUGUACAGCAUCUUCAGCAAUCUGUGGGUCUGCUUCUGGACGGACACCUCGGUGCAGGCGCUGCCCGAGUACCGCCGGCGUCCGCAUCGGGAAGAGGCACACCUGUGGCACUACUGCCCCAACUGCGAGAUUAUGGUGCCACCGCGUGCCUGGCACUGCCGCCUGUGCAAGGUCUGCUGCCUGAAGCGGGACCACCACUGCACCUUCACCGCCAACUGCAUCGGCCACCUCAAUCAGCGCUACUUCCUUGUCUUCCUCUUCUACGGCACGCUGGGCAGCUUCCAGUCGCUGAUCUACAAUUUUAUGUACGUGUGGAGAACUGGUGCCUUUAUCGUGGCGGAUCCCUUCCUGAUCUUGAGCUUUGGCCAGCCGGACAGAGACCCAACCAUCGGCUCGAAAGUCCUGGCAUCCAUGGUGCUCAAGGUGAAUCUGGUCGCCGCCAUGGCCGCCGGCGGCAUGUUCAUCAGUCAACUGUUAAUGGUCUACCGGAACAGCACCUGCUUCAUGAUGUCCGACCGCACCUACGACCUCGGACCGAUGAAGAACUUCCGCCAGGUGCUGGGCAAGCGCUGCUUAUGGACCCUCCUAUCGGUGCACAUCAAUAGUCCCCUGCCCCACGACGGCACCGAGUGGCCGAUGAACAAGCACACGGACGUCUAGAUAUCCCAGUAACCCACUGUGAAACCCACUGUGAAACACCAUCAUCAUCCCCGCUGUACAUACUCGUAGACGCUUGGUUCGAUUACAGAUUCUCUAUUCCCAUGCUUUUGGCCAGAC